AGGGAGGAGGAGGAGGGGAAACAAGAGAUUGAUCGUUUUGAAUUUUCAAGAGAUCAUUUUUAUUACAGUGGGCGUUUGAAAAGCAGGCUCUGAACAUUAUCCACGGAGAAAGGGGGUGGAGAGACAGAGAGAGGCACAGGCGGCUGCGAGAGAAGCCUAGCGAUUGCGCGCUGCUGCGAUCUGUUUUUGCAGCCUUGGGGGACGCGCGCGCACACUCCCUGGUUGGCGCUCUACUGCACAGGGCUGUUGCAAAGUUUCGCCUGCCAUCAUACACCAGGAUAUUCCUGCUCCGCCGCUGCAACCUUGAACUUUGGCAACGUGGUUGAUAGUACCGUGGUGUAUCCCGCUAGCAGCUUUUCCAAAGCACUUGGAAAUCCGGGAGAGAGGAAAAAGCAACGCGAGGAAGGAAAAAUAUCCCGACCCCCCCUUAACUCCCUGCAUUCCAUUCAACCCCCACCCCCAAUUCCGCCGCCUCCUGUCCCAAUUCACCAGCAGCCACUGCAAACAGCAGCAAGAGUGAACCGCCGCCGAGAACAAGAGGGUUAAAAGUGUAGAUUGGAUUUCACCCCGGGAAAUCUAGCGCUCGGAGUGAACUUGAAUCUUUGGCUAUUUAAGGAGGACUGGGGCUGGUUGCGAAGUUGUGGCGAUUCAAGGCAGAGCUUGCUCCUGAUCCAUCUUUUCCUUUUGGAAGCGUUAGAUGAUUGUAAAAUGAAUAGAUGAAACCGUUGCGCUUUUGAUACUUUUCCUCUCGGGCAGAAGUGCUAUCUUAGAGCGAAGUCAUGAUGUAUUCUCCCAUCUGUCUCACUCAGGAUGAAUUUCACCCAUUCAUUGAGGCACUUCUUCCACAUGUCCGUGCAAUUGCCUACACUUGGUUCAACCUUCAGGCUCGAAAACGCAAGUACUUUAAAAAACAUGAAAAGCGAAUGUCAAAAGAUGAAGAAAGAGCAGUCAAGGAUGAGUUACUUAGUGAAAAGCCAGAAAUUAAACAGAAAUGGGCAUCCAGGCUUCUCGCCAAAUUGCGCAAAGAUAUCCGCCAAGAAUAUCGAGAGGAUUUUGUGCUUACUGUUACUGGGAAGAAGCACCCAUGCUGUGUAUUAUCCAAUCCUGACCAGAAGGGCAAGAUUAGGAGAAUCGACUGCCUUAGACAAGCAGACAAAGUCUGGCGCCUGGAUCUAGUCAUGGUGAUCCUUUUUAAAGGUAUCCCCUUGGAAAGUACGGAUGGAGAACGGCUCAUGAAAUCUCCCCAUUGCACAAAUCCAGCACUUUGCGUUCAGCCGCAUCAUAUAACAGUAUCAGUCAAGGAGCUUGAUUUGUUUCUGGCAUACUAUGUGCAGGAUCAAGAUUCUGGACAAUCAGGAAGUCCAAGCCACAACGAUCCUGCCAAGAAUCCACCAGUGUAUCUUGAGGAUAGUUUUGUAAAAUCUGGAGUCUUUAAUGUAUCUGAACUUGUGCGGGUGUCUAGAACACCUAUAACCCAGGGAGCUGGAGUAAACUUCCCCAUUGGAGAACUUCCAGGUCAACCAUAUUAUCAUGACAUGAACUCAAGUGUUAACUUACAGCGCUCACUAUCCUCUCCACCAACCAGUAAGAGACCCAAAACUAUAUCCAUAGAUGAGAAUAUGGAACCAAGCCCAACAGGAGACUUUUAUCCUUCCCCAAAUUCACCAGCUGCUGGUAGUAGGACAUGGCAUGAAAGAGAUCAAGAUAUGUCUUCUCCUACAAUGAAGAAACCUGAAAAGCCUUUGUUUAGCACUACAUCUCCCCAGGAUUCUUCGCCAAGACUGACUUUCCAGCAUCAUCAUCCAGGAAUCCCAGGAGUUGCACACAGUGUCAUCUCAACUAGAACUCCACCUCCACCUUCACCAUUGCCAUUUCCACCACAAGCUAUUCUGCCUCCUGCCCCAUCUAGCUAUUUCUCUCAUCCAACUAUCCGAUAUCCUCCUCACCUGAAUCCUCAGGAUACUUUGAAGAAUUAUUCUUAUGACCCGUCCAGUCCACAAACAAGCCAGCCUAACAGCAGUGGUCAAGUAGUAGGGAAAAUGCCUGGCCAUUUUACUCCAGUUUUGGCACCCUCUCCCCAUCACAGUGCGGUGAGACCUGUGACCCAGACCAUGACAGACACUAAGCCCAUCACUACAUCCACUGAAGGUGAGGCAUCUUCACCUACAGCAACCACAUAUACAGCUUCAGGCACAUCCCAAGCCAAUCGAUAUGUGGGACUAAGUCCAAGAGACCCUUCCUUCCUACACCAGCAACAGCUGAGGAUUUGUGACUGGACCAUGAAUCAAAACGGCAGGCAUUUAUACCCCAGUGCCAAUGAGGAUACAUUGGGAAUUACUUGGCAAAGUCCUGGUACCUGGGCUAGCUUGGUCCCCUUUCAAGUAUCAAAUAGGACAUCAAUCCUGCCCACAAAUGUCCAAAAUUAUGGUUUGAACAUAAUUGGAGAGCCUUUUCUUCAAGCAGAAACAAGCAACUGAGGGAGAUUGAAACUGAACAAAUACUAUAAAAGAAAGGAAGAUGGGACAAAAAGCAAAGAAGAAACUGAAGAAAGAAGAAACAUAAACCAGCAAUUGCAGCACUUACAAUCAUUAAUUCCCUUAAGAUUGAAACGCUAAUGGCAAAAUCAACAGCAACAACAAAAACGGGAUGGGGGAGAGGAUCGAUGAUAUUUCACUGAUGAGUGGAAAGAUGCUCCUCCUGAAUAGCCUUUGUCUAUGAAAUCCACUGGGAAAUAGAUGUUCUGUCUCUGACAAUAUAUUUUAACUGACUUUCUAGAUGCCUUAAUAUUUGCAUGAUAAGCUAGUUUAUUGGUUUAGUAUUCUUGUUGUUUACGCAUGGGAUCACUAUUCCUAGUUAGCUCUCAAAACAAAGGCUAGGAGGCAUCCACAGAACUGCAGGAGAAGGAGGGCCAGAAGCCAUUUUUUUCUCAGCAGUCUGAUUCUAGAAGAUUUUUCAAAGAAAAAGAACAAAUUCAGCUUUUAGUUGUCAACCCCAAUUUAUUUAACUUAGGCCCUUAACCCAGUCUUUUCUUAGUGUGUUACCCAGUUUAAAUUUUUCAGGAAGUCAUUUAAAUAAGCAGGCAUUAUAUAAAAUCAAUGCCUUACUUUGGGUAAAAGAAAGUGUUACCUUCUCAAAAGACAGUUUAAAAAACCUGAGGAAGACACUAAAAAUAAUUCCCCAUGCUAAUGAAAACACUUAGAGGCAAGUGCAAUUUAAAAACUGUAUCUAAAGGGGAUAAUAGUUAUAAGUCCUUUAGCCCUUGGACUCUAAAUUGAGGGGAUUAAAAGACAAGAUGAAUUUCAAAAGUAUUUCGAACAAAUGUAUUUUUCCCUCACUUUUGAAAGGGGGGGGUCAUUAAAAGGCAUUAACUAAAUCAAGACAAAUCAUUUACUUGAGAAAAAAAUUAAUUGAAACACAGCACUUACAUUGAUUUAGCUUCUGCCUCCUUUGAGGUAUCUUAUUUAUUUAAAGUUACUGGUUGGAUCAAGAACCCAUAAAUAAUGGAAAAGGUUCUAUAGAACCUUCAUGACAGAGACUGAGAGAGGUAAAUCCAUGUCACAGGGGCAUAGCUUCCGGUUUACAAAUGGGAAUGACAGGUGGUUGGGUUGUGGGAAGGGGAACUGAAAUAUAUUUUUUAAAAAUGCACUCUUGAAAAAGCCUAAAGACAGGGUGCUGAAAACUUGCAUGGUGCUCUCAGAAAUUAGCCUUGUUUGACAGAUUUCUCAUAUACACAAUAUUGUGCAUGGGCAGAUACAUUUUGCCUCUAUGUCUCUAUAAAAGAAUAAUUAAAACUACUCUAUCCAGUAAUCUAAUUUGCACGAAGUUAUAAUGUCCACAUAACGUGCCUUGCCUUGAAAUCUAAAAAGUGACAUCACUACACUUGUUUUGCUGCAUUUAUUAUCAUUUUAAAUCUGUACCAUUUUUAUGACAAAAUAUUUUGUACUCCAGAUGGGAAAACAACAACAAAAAGUGACAUCAUGGAUUUUUUAAGCAGUUAUAACUUUAUCUCACAUUUAUAAAGCAUAUCAUGGCUGUGUAUAGUUGCCGCUUAAAAAUUGUAAUCGACCAGCAAUAUUUUCAGUAUUUUGGUGUUUUUUCUAUUAAUCUUUCAUGUUUUUCAUCUUCCAAUUAAUAUUGGGGGGAGGGGAUUCAAAUUUAUACGACUUAUGCAAUACCAAGUUUUGCCUAUGUAGGUAGUGCUUUUAGCUGUAUUGGUUAUUAUAGGUAAGUACACAGAUUUAAAAGACAAAAGAUUAAUGUAUGCUUUUUUGUUUGUUUGUUUUAAUUGACCAAAGUGGGUACUGCUAUUUUUGCAGUUUGAUGAGGUCCUUUUUGUGUACUAAGAGAUGGACAGGGGAUUUUUUUUUAAAACUACGUACGUAUAUCUAUAUAGUCUGGGGUGGGCGGGGAGGAUUUUUAACACUUGACAGUGUAGCUGUGAAGCAGAGCACCAUUGGCUGGGUGAGGGCUACAAAGCGACUCUUCUUCCUACUGUGAUCUAAAAAAAAUCAAAAAGGUGUUUUCUUUUAAACUUCCCACCUGGGGUGCAAGCUGAAAUCAUUUCUGGUUUGAAAACAGUAAUAGUAAUAAUGAAAAUGAAAAAUAAAUAAUAAUGGAUUUUAUUGGAGGCGGACCUGACUUGAGAAAAUUAACUCCUUUUUAAAAAAAUUAAGAUCUCAAGACCCACAGAGAUCAAAAGCCCUGUAAAAUUUUGCAAGUUAUAUAUCCAUCAUAUAAAAGCCUAUUUUGAGAUUUUAAAAUCACAUAGUAUAUACUGCCAAAACACUGGUCUUCCCAAGACACUAACUGUAUGCUAAGUAUUGAAUUGGAUUCAGUAUUUUCUGAGAAUGGAGGCAUCUCCAGUUGGAAUUCCAUGAAAUACAUUUCUUUGGGCAAGAAGGGAGAUCCCCCCCCCCUUUCUGCACCCCCAGCAUUACUGACUUCUAUUGUCAGAGGUCAGGUAGGAAUACGGGACUGGACCAAUCAGUGGCUAAUCUGCCAGUGGAAUGUUCUGCUGGAUCAGACCCCUUCUGUAGCCUUUCUCCCAUAUACCAUGCUACUGUAUUUCAGUACAAAUCGCCAGGCACAAAAUGCACAUGUACCAUGUGUGUGUGGACUAUUUGGUUACAUAUUAAAAUGAGUAGUAUAGAAAACAGCCAGCUUUGAUUGCUUAAUCAUUCCCUGCCUAGAGCAAGGGUGAUUAUAUGUGAUCAUAUCCCUCCUGGGCAAAACUACCACUGUUAAUUUAAUUUCCACACUGCAUUUCUAAUACUGGCAAGAAUGCAAAGUAGUCCAUCUUAUAUUUGUGUUCUUACAAAAGGUAGCUCUUUUUUAAAUAAUUACUUGUAAAGAUCUCUUUGAUUAGGGAAAAAUGGAAAUGAAUAAAUGAUUCAGCCUGACGUUCUGUUUUUAAAAAUAACACUUUAUGUAGACACAGUGCAUUUGUUUGUAUUAUGAUUAAGAUAACACCCAUCACUUGUAAUGUGCACCAACAGUGGAAGAAAAUCAACCAACAUAAUCCCAUGCUGUCUUCCCCCUUUCCAGGAGAUAGAAAUGAAUAUAUGUACAAGUCCAGUAUUAGUGUUCACAGCUGGCAUGGAUGUAGUUAUUUUGUCCUUGGUAUAUGUACUGAAAAUAUAAACUGAAACCCAAGGAAGUGGUCAGUCUAUGUGUAUACUGAUGCACAAUUUUGAUUUGCCUUUAGUUUCAGCAGAUGUAAAUUGACAGGCAAUUAAUACACUUUUAUAACAUUAAGAACUGUUUAAAAUAUUUCUUUAUAAUCUGCUAUUUUCAAACAGCUAUGCAAAAAGGAUGCAAAUUACAACAGGGUACAAUUUCCCUUCAAAUGGGUUCUUGCUGAAAAACAUUGUACAUUGCCAUGAGUCACAUGUGUGGCAAUAUAUAUAAAUAAAGUAAAAUAAUAAAAUUAUUUUGAAGAAGAGUAUUCUAAAACAUUGACAAUGAGCUAGAGAAAAUACUUUUAGAUACUCUUUCCAAAUUAUUCAUGUGAACCAUGGCUUCUCACCUUUUUAUCAGAGCAGUAGAAAAGCAUCUAGCUAAGCAGUGCUUAGGGUUGCCAUAAAAUGCAUAAUAAAUAAAAAUAAUCCUGAUGUCCUGUUUCAACCGUGGCCCUUCAUACUAGGGGCUACAUCUCAACCAAUUUCCACCGGAAUUGCCACUGAAUUAACUGGCAUUUUACCUGUUGCAGCCUUUAAAAGGGUGCUGAGAAUCCCAGAUGCUGAAAGAAAGUCAUUCUCUACAGCUAUCUUUCAGAUUCCACUUGCACCAAUAGAAUACCUUUUGAGGAAAAUUGCUUCUGUAAAGUCUAAGGGCAGUUGCAAAGCUGUAGGAUUUUGUUGGUAAGGUUUGUAUUUAGCUAAAGUAAGAAUGAAACCAACUAUAUGUUGGCUCUUUUUUUCUGAGCCCCUUUGUAAGUGAAUUAAUUCACUAAAUAUAUGGCUGUUGGGAAGAACCAAAAUGUACAAACAGGUCUCACUGAGAGUCCCUUAGCUGGUGGCCCAUAAAAUCAUGCACUGUUCUUUCGGUUUAUCUCUUAAUGACCACCAUGUAUGAAUGGUGUCAUUAAAAAUGACUGGAGAGCUAUAGUCUUUUAUCUCUCCAGCCCAAUAAUUUCUUCCAUUUAGGACACUGAAACCAAGAUUAAUUCAGACUUUAAAGUGCAAUAGUUUAAUGGACAAGCAGAACUUGACAGAGAAUAGUUGCAACUAAACUUCAUAAUACUUCUGGUGUAAUGAAUACAUCAAAUGGAUGUAUUUUUAAAAAAAAAUUAUAAAAGGCUACCUUGCUCUUUUAGAUCCACUUUUUUGACCUUGAAUUGCUUGGUCAUUUGGACCAUCCUCCUGACAAAACUUUCAGGAUAAUGUUCUCUGUGGGUUUUCCUGCCUCCCUUUGUAAUAUAAAGAUCCACCAUAUCCACAUCUUCUACACUUUUCUCAGCGCAAAACAAAGUGUUGCAAGCUCAAAUCUAAUCUAAACCUCCUCCUUGAUCAGGAAGUAUCUUCUGACAAAAUCAAGCCACCCCGUUCUAUGUGCACUGUUCUGCCUUUUUUCAGUUGCUUUGCAGCCUUGACCUCUUGGCAGUGCCACUGAAGUGUGUUUUCCCCUAGAAUGACAUGAACAUUCGAGGCUUGACUAAGGAAAAAAAGGCAGUGAAGGAGACUGUACAUAGACAUGGCAAAAUAUUAAAUAUAGCAAUAUAGUUGUGUGUUCAGGUGGGCAGCUCCAUUUAUAAUAUGUGAAUGAACCUGUGAAGCUGCAAUUAGAGAAGAACAGAGGAUCUUCUUAAUGGACCCACCUAUCGUGUAGACAGUAAUUUGUACACUGUAUAGUUUUGUUAAGAUUUUUUUUUAAAGCACCCUCGUUUGUAAAGCUAAUUUUUAGCAAUUAUAAUGGAAAUGUAUGUCAUUUCCACUUUUAACGUAAACAAGAAUCUUCCUUGUUUGGAAACUGGACUUGGGUUAAAACUCUCCAGUUUCUUAAUUUAUGUAUUAAAGCAAACAAAAAAAAAAACCUGUCCAUGUUACAAGAUAUUUCACUAUGCUUGAAAAGCAUAGGUUACUGAUCCUUUUAAAAGAAAUUGUAAAUGGAGAAAAGUUAUAUUUUAUGAAGGUUAUUUUGUUGUAUUUAGUAUUGGAAAGUUGGGUUUUGGAGCAUUUCAGAAUGUUGGAAGCACCACUGUCUUUUUUUAUUAGUAUAUAUGGCCUUUAGCAAAAAUGUUGUGAUUAUUACAUGAUGGUAUUUAAGAGCAGGUUCACAGAGCAUCCAGGAGUGAAUUUCAGUGGAAAAAAAAUGAAAACAGUACUUAUGUCUCAUAUAGCGGUGUCCUCAGGGAGCAAAAAUUUGGAUUUGCAAUUAGGAGCUUCGUAAGGACUUACUGAAUGAGAUUGCACAAGGAUAUACUGAGCUUUGUCAACUGUGUGUGUCCUGUAUCUAAAACAUUCUAAAUUUUGUAUACUAUGUGAGAUUGUGAAGGCUGCAUCCCACAUUGAUAUACAGUAUUCACCCUUGAAAAAAAUCUAUAUCAUUGCUGGCAGUAAUGCCUCAAGCAUUACAUUGACUCUAGUUUACAUGUUCCUGUCAAGGUCUUUUGUUAACAUUUACCAGCUGCAUGCUUCCUAGGCUCUUAUUUUUUUAUUGGAUUUCUAUGAAAGAUGCUAAACAAAAAACAAUGCAGGCAAAUCAUGUUGAACAGUGAAAGCUCAAAAUUGAAUGUCCUACUCCAUGCUGAAGGAGCUGAAACCUGCCUCCUUCAUAUUUGCACUUUCUGAGAGUUCCCCUGUUUUUCUAUCUCAUCAAAAUGGGGUGGGUGUGUUGGAGCCCCACAGUUGGAGGAUAACACGGACCACUGGGUUUGCCCUUUGACCCGGCACAAUGACCUUUGCAUCAGCCAAACGUAUUGCCAUGACAACUCUUGUACUGUUUCCAUGCCACAGCUCUAUUGGUCACAUUUGUUAAUAGCAAAGGGGGCAAAGUAGGAGGCGGUCAAUUUAUACAUUUUUGUUGCAAUUUUUUUUCCCUCAAUGGUUGUAAGUAGUUUUUUUAUAUAUAUAAUAAAAGGGUUCACUAGUUAUUACUCCUUAGGAUUAUCUGUGUGUUGCAAUUAAAAUGUAUGUUGACUUUGUGAAAAGGGCUUCAGUGGCACUAGCCACCCCCCACGCUCAUCCAAGCCUUCGUUGCUUUCAGCGCUCAAUCCCGUUCCAGGAAGAACCGAAACAGAUGCAGCAAAAAGUACGCGGAAAGCAGCGAGGGCCAGUGGCACUGAAGCCAGUCUUUGUAUUACUGUAUUUUUGACAGAAUGGUUUUGAAAACUGUGCUACAGGGACUGAUGUGGCAGAUGUGUAUCUAUAUGCAGAAGGACUUUUUUUUAAAUAAAAAAGAAGUAUGGCUUAUUAUGCAUUCUUCAUAGAGGGCAUUGAAGUUGCAUGGACUAAUGAAAAGUUGAUGCAAAAUGAGAGCGAGAAAGAGACAAAAAAAAAAAAACCAGCAAAAAAAUGUUUACCAAAAAGAAAAAAAAAAGUGAGAGAAAUUUUAAAAAAUGACCAGUGCCUGUUCAGUUUCACAGUCUCUGUUGAGUUCAGUUGUAAAUAUGUUUCAGAUAACAUUUACUUCAAAAAAAAUUUUAAAAAUAGAAACUACAACAUUGUAGAAUGUGAGGGGUAACUCCAUCCCAGGCUUAGGCUUCUCAAGAGCUACAUUAGAUUAUGUCUUCAUCAAGCUGUUAAUUUGUGCUUAUAUCAUAUAGGACUUUAGUGCACUGGGAAGAAGCACCCCAAUCUCAAUGAUAAUUCUCUAAGAACAAUUUUUGUAGGGCUGUGUGUUUCUUUAGAUACAUUUAGUGCAACUGUAGGUGACAAGUAGUCAGUUAUUGCUUGCUAGCUACACACCAGGGUUGAUCCAUUUUAAAACUUCUGGCAUUGCCUACCCUUCUCCGCUUCUCCCCAGAGCCAGAGGUCCCCAGUAUGUUAGAUGUACUUCCGUUUGGUUUGUUUUUAAACGCAUGCGGAAUUUUGGUGUAAUGAUAAAUUUACCCAUAGGAUGCAUGUAUACUCUGCAGUUUUCACUUUUACAAUUUGGGGCCUCAGGCAACCAAACUCUUUGGGGCCAGAAGGUUUGUAACUAAGGGUUCUGGGGAGAACAGCUCUGCUUAUUUGCAGGACAGUCGUGUUCUUUGGAGUACUUUUCAUUAGGUUACAAAGCUCAGCUGCCACAAGUUUUAAACUGGUGUAAAUCAAGCUUGAGUUAAUGUGAUUUACUGUUAUAUCCAGCCUAUACUGCUAGCAGCUGCUCAUACUGCAGUCAAUUACUGGAAGCAGAUAUAUUUCCUAUGCAAAACUGUUUAAACAAUAAAAUGAGCUAUGCUACA